UCCUCUUGUCCCCUCGGUCUCUCCAGAGUCCAGCUUCGUAUCGCUCGCUCGCUGCUACGCGUGACACGAGUCAACGUCGCCAGCCGCGCGCCGGGGCGAUCGCCCGUAGGGUGAGCCCUCCUCCCGCCGUUCCGGGGACAUGGUGAGGAGCGGGAGCGUCCGGCGGUCCUCCUCGGUGGCGGCGGGGAUGGGAGCCGCGGCGGCAGCGGCGGCUGCGGUGCCGGAGUUCACCGUGUCGCCUGACGACUACCGGCUGCUGGAGGAGGUCGGGUUCGGCGCCAACGCCGUCGUCUACCGCGCGGUCUUCCUCCCCGCCAACCGCACCAUCGCCGUCAAGUGCCUGGAUCUCGAUCGGGUCAACAGUAACCUCGAUGAUGUACGAAAGGAGGCUCAGAUAAUGAGCUUGAUAGAUCAUCCUAAUGUCAUCAGGGCUUAUUGCUCAUUUGUUGUCGAUCAUAACCUUUGGGUGAUAAUGCCAUUCAUGGCAGAGGGUUCAUGUUUACACCUAAUGAAGGUCGCAUAUCCUGACGGUUUUGAGGAGCCUGUUAUUUGCUCUAUUCUGAAAGAAACACUGAAGGCUCUAGAUUACCUCCAUAGGCAAGGGCAUAUCCACCGAGAUGUCAAGGCGGGCAAUAUCCUUAUUGAUAGCCCUGGUGUAGUAAAGCUUGGAGACUUUGGUGUCUCUGCUUGCUUGUUUGACAGAGGUGAUAGGCAAAGAUCCAGGAAUACAUUUGUGGGAACACCAUGCUGGAUGGCUCCAGAAGUUCUCCAGCCUGGAACCGGUUAUAAUUUCAAAGCUGAUAUAUGGUCUUUUGGAAUAACUGCACUGGAGCUAGCACAUGGCCAUGCUCCCUUUUCUAAGUAUCCUCCCAUGAAGGUUCUACUCAUGACCCUUCAAAAUGCACCACCAGGUCUUGACUAUGACCGUGAUAGAAAAUUCUCAAAGUCUUUCAAGGAAAUGGUUGCAAUGUGCUUGGUAAAAGAUCAAACUAAGAGGCCAACAGCUGAAAAGUUACUAAAACACUCGUUUUUCAAGAACACAAAGGCCCCGGAGCUGACUGUUAAGAGUAUUAUAACUGAUUUGCCGCCGCUGUGGGAUCGUGUGAAGGCACUCCAGCUAAAAGAUGCGGCACACCUGGCUUCUUCUGAACAGGAAGCACUUUCUAUGAGUGAGUACCAAAGAGGUGUGAGCGCAUGGCACUUUGAUAUUGAGGACCUAAAGACUCAAGCAUUACUGAUUCAUGAUGACGGUCCUCUUGAGUUAAAGGAAGAUGAAAGUGUUCGAGUAACUGAAGUUCAUAAGGAUACAUCGUCUGGGAGUCAUGUUGGAAAAUCAACGCUUCUGACUGGAAAUAACUGCAGUGAACGAACUUGUGCCACUGCAGUAAAUCCAGGUGUAAAUGGCCCUGAACCAAGUGAAGAAUUGGCCUUCAACCUUGGCAAUGCUGAUAGUGAGAGGAAGGCUGAUGGGUAUAGAAACCAAGGAUCAGAAAAUGAUUCAUUAUCCUCUACAUCGAAGCACGAUUCAGAGGGGGAAAAUCGUGGAAGUGAAGUUAGACAAAAACAAAGGACUUACUCCGGCCCAAUUAUGUAUUCCGGUCUGCGUAAUAGUUCUGUGGCUGAAAAAGGUUCUAUUAUUGAUAGGGAUGCAGGAGGUCAGGUAUCUAAUAAACAAAAGAACGAUGCGCGAAGAACUAAUGAUCUUAGUGGCCCGCUGUCACUUUCAACCCGUGCUUCUGCAAAUAGUCUAUCUGCUCCUAGAAGAACUGAUGAUCUUAGUGGUCCUCUGUCACUUUCAACUCGUGCUUCUGCAAAUAGUAUGUCUGCCCCUAUUCGGUCUUCUGGAGGAUAUGUUGGCUCCUUGGGAGAUAAACCUAAGCGUAACAUGGUUGAGAUUAAAGGUCGCUUUUCAGUGACAUCUGAAAAUGUGGAUCUGGCAAAGGUUCAGGAAAUUCCAGUGGGCAAAAUUUCACAUAAACCACAGGAGGGAUCUGCACUGCGAAAAUCAGCCAGUGUUGGUGCUUGGCCAGUGAAUGCUAAGCAAAUGUCCAAUAGUCAGCAUCGGAAGGCACUUUGUGAUAAUUCAGCAUCUGCUUCAGUUCUGAUUCCCCAUCUUCAAAACCUUGUACAGCAAACCACAUUUCAGCAAGAUCUAAUCACGAACCUGCUGUGCAGCUUACAACAGAAUGAGAACGUUGAUGCAGCUCAGAGUAGAGUUCAGACUGUCGAGGGUGAUACAGUGGUUGAAACGGGUAGUGCAGAGGGAGAACGGCCAUUACUUGCUAAAAUAUUCGAGCUACAGUCUAGAAUGAUUUCUUUAACCGAUGAGUUGAUUGCAUCAAAACUGAAACAUGUUCAGCUGCAAGAAGAGCUAAAUGCGUUGUACUGCCAAGAAGAAAUCAUCGACACGAGAGAGGAGGACAAUGAAGAAGCAUGACAUGAAGCUGCAAGAAGAGCUACCUUUUAAUAGUAGAGUACUCAGGUGACUAUAAAUUACGUCACCUGGCUCAUGCAUCUGAGGCUUGGCUAACGACCUUCCAACAAGGUGUUGGAGGUGGACCAUCGUUCAAAACGACGAAAAUGUAUUCGAAACUGCCCAGGAACUCGAGAAAAGGAGAGAAAGAGAGAGAGCUCUUCGAGGUGUAGUUAGAGAAUAUGUUAGGCCUGGAUUUAUCGUGCUGUGAAUUUAUGUAGUUAGUAGGGUUCUAGUACAGUGGAGGACCAUUAGGUCGCAGAAGACCGUGACUGCAAGAAUAAUUGAAACACUGGAAUGUAUUCUGUAUUCUGUAUAUAUAUGCUAGUACUCCGCAAGUGAUUUGGAACAACGGAAAAACUGAUGACUAUUGUAGGGUGGAUGGUAUGGAAGAUUGUGUAUGUGCCCAUUUGAUGCAAGGGAGGUUUUUGUUUCCCAA